AUGGAACAAAAUGGCACAAGCAAGCGCAAGCAACCGCCAACCUCGCCCGCAACCGACCGCCCAAACAAGCAGAUCAAGCCCGAAGUAGACUCGCACACCUCAAACGGCGUCAUGUCGCACUCGCCUGACCUGGAGGAGCCCAUGGACGAUGCGCGCAGCGAGUACAGCGCCCACAGCUCCCCCGACGCCCUCCCGUCGUCGGCGCACAUCACCGCCGUCACUGGGCAGGACACGGCAGAAUGGCAGCGGACGAUAGAGAACGUGGUCAAGAGCGUCGUGUCGAUACACUUCUGCCAGACGUGUUCGUUCGACACGGACCCGGCCAUCAGCUCAGAGGCGACGGGCUUUGUCGUCGACGCCGAGAAGGGCUACAUCCUCACCAACAGGCACGUUGUCGGCGCCGGCCCCUUCAUCGGCUACUGCAUAUUCGACAACCACGAGGAGUGCGACGUCCACCCCGUCUACCGCGACCCCGUCCACGACUUCGGCAUCCUGCGCUUCGACCCCAAGAAGAUCAAGUACAUGCCCGUCACCGCCCUCAAACUGCGCCCCGAUAAUGCCAAGGUCGGUGUCGAGAUUCGCGUCGUUGGUAAUGAUGCCGGAGAGAAGCUCAGUAUCUUGUCGGGUGUCAUCAGUCGGCUGGAUCGCAAUGCGCCCGAAUACGGCGAGGGCUACUCCGACUUCAACACCAACUACAUCCAGGCGGCAGCGGCAGCGAGUGGAGGUUCUUCUGGCAGUCCUGUCGUGGACCGCGACGGAUUUGCUGUUGCGCUGCAGGCCGGCGGACGUGCUGACGGUGCUGCGACCGACUACUUCCUGCCGCUAGACCGACCGCUCCGUGCUCUCGAGCUCAUCCGCCAAAGCCAACAUGUCACCAGAGGCACCAUUCAGACUCAAUGGAUACUCAAGCCAUUCGACGAGUGCCGGAGGCUAGGUCUCUCGCCUGAGCUGGAGAAGGAGAUCCGCACUCAGUUUCCUAAGGAGACAGGCAUGCUCGUAGCUGAGGUCGUCCUUCCUCAAGGGCCCGCAUCUACCAAGGUCGAAGAAGGUGAUCUUCUGUUACGCGUCAACGGAGAGUUGCUUACACAGUUCGUCCGACUCGAUGCGAUCCUUGACGACAACGUUGGCAAGACCAUCUCUGUGACCAUACAGCGUGCUGGGGACAACAUGGACGUCGAGCUAGACGUUGGCGACCUACAUGCCAUCACCCCCGACAAGUUCGUCUCCGUCGCAGGCGCUUCGUUCCACGACCUCUCAUACCAGCAAGCGCGUCUUUACGCUAUCUCGCUCAAGAACGCAGGUGUAUACGUCUGCGAGGCAGCGGGCUCCUUUAGGUUCGCUGACGGCUACACAUCAGGGUGGUUGAUUCAGGAAGUUGACAACCAGCCAACACCCGACCUUGACACUUUCAUCCAAGUCAUGAAGAAGAUCCCAGAUCGCAAGCGAGUGGUUAUGAUGUACAAGCAUCUGCGCGAUCUGCACACUGCGAACACUAGUAUUACUUCUGUCGACAGGCAUUGGCAUGCAAAGAUUCGCGUAGCAACACGUAAUGACGAAACUGGCCUGUGGGACUUCAAGCCCCUCGCCGAUGCCAUUCCAUCUGUGCCCCCAGUUCCUCGCCGUGCGAACUUCGUCAAGAUGAGCUCAAGCUAUCCCGAGGCUGUGGACAUCGUCCGCAGCUUCGUCCGCGUUCAUGUCUCUAUGCCCAUUAAGCUAGACGGCUUUCCUAAGAUGAACAAACAGGGCUACGGUCUUGUUGUCGACGCUGAACAGGGUCUCGUCCUCGUCUCAAGAGCAAUCCUGCCAUAUGACCUUUGCGACAUCUCGUUGAUCAUCGCUGACAGCAUUUUUGUCGAUGCCAAGGUUGUCUUCAUGCACCCACUGCAGAACUAUGCUAUCGUCAAAUACGAUGCUUCUCUUGUCAACGCCCCUGUAAAGACACCCAAGUUUGCCACCGACUUCAUCAAGAAGGGAGCCGAGACCAUCUUCUUCGGCAUCAACCAGAACUUCCGACCUGUCGUAGCAAAGACUGUUGUCACUGAUAUCACCACAGUCGCGAUCCCAGCCAGCGCAAUUACACCGAGGUACCGCGCGACCAACUUCGACGCCAUCACCGUGGAUACAAACCAAGCUUCGCAUAGUGGAUCUGGUGUGCUCGUCGCGGAGGAUGGCACCGUCCAGGCUCUCUGGCUUUCAUACCUGGGUGAGCGGACAUCACACAGCGGAAAGGAUGUUGAGUAUCACCUCGGUCUUGCGACACCCAACCUUCUGCCAGUGCUCAACGAGAUCCGCGGCGGCAACACGCCCAAGCUACGUAUCCUGAACGUCGAGUUCCAGACCGUGCAAAUGAGCCAAGCCCGCGUCAUGGGUGUCUCAGAGGAAUGGAUCGAGAAGACCGAGACAGCCGACCCAGAGCGCCACCAGCUCUUCAUGGUCCGCAAGGUCGACUCCGGCCACGGCGACGGUCUCAACGAAGGUGAUGUCCUACUCACGCUCAACGGCAAGCUCGUCACCCGCUCCCCCGAUCUGGACGUCAUGUACAACAACGAGUUCCUCGACGCCGUCGUUGUGCGCAAGCGCGAGGAGAAGACCAUCAAAGUCUCGACCGUCGCAACCGAAGACCUCGAAACCGACCGCCUCGUCAGCUUCUGCGGCGCCACCUUCCACCGCCCGCACCAAGCCGUCCGCCAACAAAUCAGCAAAAUCCACUCCGACGUCUACAUCUCGUCGCGCGCCCGCGGCUCCCCAGCCUACAUGUACGGCCUCGCGCCCACCAACUUCGUCACCCACGUCAACAACGUGCCCACGCCUAACCUCUCCGAGUUCCUCACCGAGAUCAAGAAGAUCAAGGAUAACGAGUACUUCCGCAUGAAGGUUAUGACGUUUGAUAAUGUGCCGUGGGUUGCGACGAUGAAGAAGAAUGAACACUACUUUCCUACUAUUGAGCAUGUUAAGGAUGCGAGUCAGCCGUUGGGCUGGAAGAAGAUUAUUCAUGAGUGUGGGGAUGGGGGUGCGAGGGAGGAGAUGGGGCCGGAUGAGUUGGAGGCUGAGGCGGGGGAGGAGUAG